AUGCCUUUGAAUUGCUUACUGCGAGAUCCUUCCCUGGUCUGGGUGAAGCUGAAUAGCUGUGACCCAAGAAGACUUCCUGACUUGCAAAGGGAUCCCAGCAAACCAGGACUGAAGGGCACUGGUGAAGCCUACCUCACUGAUCGCUGUGUGCGGCGGGGCUCACUCCUCCGCCCGGGCGGAAGGGCAGUGCUGGGGAGCAGGGCUCGCACCUCAGGGUGGUUCACGGGGGCCCUCAGCCAGCAGGGCAGGGCGGACCCGCGGCCGCCACCUCAGCCCCGGGACUACAGCUCCCGGCCUGCCCCGCGCCCAACAGCCGCUCCCGGCCUGCCCCGCGCGCCUGCCCGCCGCCAUUUGAACGGAGCGAUGGUGGCCGAGGAGCUGCAGACGGUUGAGGAAUGGCGCUCGUAUCUGGUCUGCACCCGCGCCGCCACCUUCCGCAACUGGCCCUUCCUUGAGGGCUGUGCGUGCACGCCCGAGCGGAUGGCGGCGGCAGGGUUCGUGCACUGCCCCAGCGAGAACGGCCCCGACGUGGUGCAGUGCUUCUUUUGCUUCAAGGAGCUGGAGGGCUGGGAGCCCGACGAUGACCCGCUCGAGGAGCACAAAAAGCACUCUCCGCGCUGCGCCUUCAUCUCCCUUCAGAAAGAUCUGUCUAAGCUGACGCUGCAGGAGUUCUUGAAGCUGGAUAGAGAGCGAGUGAAGAACGCAAUUAAAAGAGGGAUUUCUCUGAAGGUGAAUGAUGUUCAAGAUGAAGCCAAGACCGUGCGUCGGGCAAUAACGAGUUUCGUUUCCUAAGCUCCUGUGGCUUCUUGCUCACCGGUAACACCCUCUGAUGUGUGCUCUGGCACUGCUGCUCUGAUGGAUGGCUGUUUCCUGGACUGCUUUCAGAAUGGCCAGCCUUGUCAGAAGCAGACUUGA